UGCUUCAGCCAAGUCAGCGGCAUUGGCCAUGGAAUAUGGAGCUGUUGGCACGGCAUCGUACACGUCCAAGGAUUGUGUAAAGGAGGUCCAAGCGCUUGCAAAGAAACCUAUACGUCGUGUUCUGGACUGCAUAACGGACGCCGAAUCGGUGGAGAUUUGCUACAAUGCCUUGGCUCGCACCGGUGGACGCUACGCCUGUCUUGAGGAGUGCCCCGAGGCAUGGCGCACACGUCGUGCAGUGAAGGUCAAGGAGGUGAUGGGAUUCCAGGUCCUCGGCAUCGACAUGGAGUUGCCCAUGGGCAACUCGGUGUACACGCGACCCGCUGAUAUGAAGCUCAUGGAGAUAGGGAUGCAGUGGGUUCGUGAAAUGCACCUGCUGAUGGAGUCGGGGCGCAUCAAGACACAUCCCCUCCGUGAGCUGGAAAACGGAUGGGACAGUAUCAUUGAGGGUUUGACCAUGCUAAGAAAGGGCGAGGUCCAUGGACAAAAAUUGGUUAUACGGAUCCCACAGAACUGAUAGAUAUUCCAACAUGGAGAGAUAAUUGUUUUGUAGAUACCUGUUGACCAAAUUGGCCGUUGCCCCUCAUAGGGAUUGUUG